CAAUUUCUUCAUAAAGAAUCUGUGUAUGCCAGAUACAACUAUUGUCGACUCAGGAAGUGUGUGCCUCUUUAUAUAUCAUUUUUUGAAUAAUCAAGGAAGUUAGUCACCACCAAAGAACUUCUCACAAGGCUGUCGAUCUUGUGAGACCUUUAACCAGAAACGCAGUCUCAUAGAACCAUAACAGCAUACUAGACAUGCCAAACUUCCAAAUCAUCCACUUCAUUCCCCCAUCUCGCGAAUCAGUUAUCCUCAACAGCCCAGUGCAUAGCAUCACCGCAGUACCUGACACCCAGAAUGCCGGCACUAACCACUGGUGUCUCUAUCUCGCAACAUCAGAUACAACCUCCGUGUGCAUCGAUUGCCAGCCAAGUCAUACAGUCCCGAGCACAGUCCUCCAGGGUGGCUCCAAAGGAUUCAUAGCUAUUUCAGAGUUGCCAUAUCUAUGGGCACCGGAUGCUCAAGCCCAGUUCAGGCUCCAUGUCACUCCGAACCUGAAGGUCAAGGACGUCUAUAAUGCCCUUAUCCGAAAUGACCGCCACAAAUAUGAAUUCGACUCUGCAGGUGUCGGAUGCAGGUAUUGGGUUACGGACCAGCUUGGUCUGCUUCAGCAUCAGGGGUUACUUGUCGAUUCGGAGGAAGUAACGGCUGUGAAGCAUGGGACUGUCCUGUUGUGGCCAGAACAGACACCUCUACCGCUUGAUCAGGGGGCUUAUUAUCAGUGAGGGCUUGGCGAUAGCCUGGAUAGGCGAGUUCAUAUCAAGCAUUACUGAUAGCAUCGUUUCCCGCUUCUUGAAGCUGGGAAUAGACGACAGCGGGACUGUAACCAAUACUAGUAGAUAACAUCAUUACAGAAAA